UCUGUGGGCCGAAGUCGGAUUUCGUUCUUACGAUAAUUAUUCGGCUAGGAUAUCAAUUUAUAUUAAUAAUAGUGAUUAAUUAAUUAGUUUAGUGUACAUGUUCUUUGAUUAUAUUGUAGUAUACUAAUUGUAACCUUUUAGUAAUGUGUAUAUACUAGUCGAAAUAGAAUCUUACAUCCUUCUGCCAAGUGAAAUUUGUCGAUAUGAUGGAUGGAAAUGAUUUAACGUCUGAAACACCGCGGAAGGGCAUAAUUUCACAAGGAUGGACGCGUAUAUCCCAGAUAUACCAGGGUACACUAGACAGAUGGACCCCAUACACAAGAGGGAGAUGGAUUGGAACUAUCCUUCUACUUGCAGUAUUUAUGCUUCGAAUAUUUGCUAAGCAAGGUUGGUACAUAGUAACUUAUGCACUUGGUAUCUACCAUUUAAAUUUAUUCAUUGCAUUCCUUACACCGAAGAUUGAUCCAGCUAUGGAUUUUGAUGGUGAUGAUGAUAAUGGGCCAGCCCUUCCAACGCGGUCUAGCGAAGAGUUUAGACCAUUCAUCAGGAGAUUACCUGAAUUCAAGUUCUGGCUGUCUGUGACCAAGAGUACAAUAAUUGGAUUCUGUUGCACUUUCAUUGAUGCUUUCAAUGUCCCAGUAUUCUGGCCUAUUUUAGUUAUGUAUUUUAUAACACUAUUUUGUAUUACUAUGAAGAGGCAGAUUAAGCAUAUGAUCAAGUACCGGUAUUUACCUUUUACCCACAGCAAGCCAAAGUACAAAACUAUUGACCCUACAGUUUCUGUAAACUGACGACAAUAUUUCAAUUAAGUAAAUCUAUGGAUAACAACUGGGAAGAUAGACAAAUUUAAUUAAAAGCAUUGUAUUCUAUUAUUUCAAAAAAUACAGUUUUUAUUAUCAUGUU